UGAUGCUUGACGAUGACGGUGACCUGUUGAAGUGUUAGCAUGUGAGCAAAUAGGCCUCUCAGUCGGUGAUUUCACUGGUGUUAGUAGGUACGGUUAGUAACCCCCAAUCGAACAGCAAGAACAAGUGUGUGAUAAACUAUAUGUGGUAUGAAUGAACUAGGAUUCAGAUAAUAUGCGAUAUUUUCGUAUGUUUGGGGCGUCUGUUUGCACAGACCUGCCAAAACCUGCACCAUGAUUAGAGAGCCACGACAACUUUUAGCCAUUGGUGGGCAGGUGUUAUCUAAUGCAAAAUUUCUGUUAUUAAAAUAGCCGUUUACUACUAGUCAUUCUCUUGUUAUCUGUGUUGGCUGGUGGUUGAAUUGUAAACUCCGUUAGGCUCGAAAAAUUCAUAGGAACAUGGAAAUUACAAACCCAAUUGUUGCAACAAAAUAUGGCCCAGUCAAAGGUAUUCGGAAAACAACAGCAACAGGCAUAGAAUAUUAUAGUUUCCAGCAAAUUCCCUACGUUAAACCUCCAGUUGGGGAGCUCCGGUUUGAAGAUGCGCAACCGCCAACACCCUGGAAGGACCCGUUGGACUGUACUGUUCAAGGACCAGGCUGUUAUCAGUACAGUAAACUUCUGGAUAAAAUCAUCGGAAGUGAGGACAGCUUACACAUGAAUGUAUUCACUAAAAAUCUUGGUAAAGAACAUCUUCUACCCGUAUUACUCUACAUCCAUGGAGGAGCUUUCAUGCGCGGUUCUAGUGGCGUGGAAAUGUACGGCCCUGAUUAUCUAAUUCAAAAAAAUGUUGUAUUUGUAUCUUUCAAUUACCGGAUCGGAGCAUUGGGUUUUAUUUCGUUUAACACCCCCGAGCUGGAACUGCCGGGAAACGCCGGUCUGAAAGACCAAAAUUUAGCCAUUCGUUGGGUAGUAGAGAACAUCGCCAAUUUUGGAGGAGAUCCAAAGAAUAUUACCCUAUUCGGUGAAAGCGCUGGAGGUUGCUCCGUGCAUUAUCACAUGAUUUCUGAGCAGUCAAAAGGAUUGUUUCAACGUGCGAUCGUCAUGUCUGGGUGUGCGUUGAACAAUUGGUCGAUUGUUCCUCAGCGGCAGUUCAGCGAGCGAUUGGCUAAAGCACUUGGAUGGAACGGACAGGGUGGAGAAAAAAAAGCACUAGUAGUUCUUAAAACGGCCGAUCCAGUGGAAAUUGUUAAGCAGCAGGAAAUUCUUUUGACAGAAAAUGAGUUGGAAAAUCGGAUCCUCUUUGCUUUCGGACCAGUUAUAGAGCCGUAUAAAAAACCAAAUUGUUUCAUUUCUAAGAAUCCGUUGACGAUGUGUCGUGAAGCUUGGAGCAACGAUAUCGAUAUUCUCAUUGGUGGAAACUCGGAAGAGGGUCUGUUCUGCUUGAGUGGCAUCAAAGAGAAGCCAUCAAUUAUGACGAGUUUGAAAAGUUUCGAGUAUUUGGUUCCACCGGAAUUGGAUCUGGUAAGAACAUCACAACAGUGCAAAGAGCUCGGGCUUCGACUGAAACGGUUUUACUACGGAGAAUCGCAGCCGUCUUUCGAAAAUAAUGCUGGCUAUUUAACGUUGAUGACAGAUAAAUUGUUUUGGCAUGGAUUGCACCGCACUAUUUACUCACGUAUCAAUUCGAAGAGAGCAGCCAAAACAUACGUCUAUCGCUUUUCGGUGGAUUCCGAUACACACAACCAUUACAGGAUUAUUUUUUGUGACAAAGACGUUAGAGGAACGGCCCACGCUGAUGACCUCUCAUAUAUAUUCAAAAAUGCCUUCGGAGAUGUUCCACCUAACGACAGCUUUGAGUACCGCACUAUGCUUAAUAUGGUCGAUCUCUUCACAACGUUUGCCGCCAAUAAUGGAAACCCGAACGGAGGAGUGACGACCGAAUGGGAACCUGUUGGGCCCGAGAUUGGGCCGUACAAAUGCCUGAGCAUCGCCAACGAAGGUUUAAAGUUUAUAGAUUUUCCAGAAAAGGAAAGAAUGGAACUCUGGGAUUCUUUGUAUUCAAAAGAUCAACUUUAUUAACUUCCUUCACCAUAAUUAAAUACAGGUUAUUGUAAUUUGAACUGUUCCAACUUACUUCCAGCAAGUAAACAUAUUUGCUCCGGAGUCAUUGGAGUGGCUGUAAAAAAGAAUA